UGCGCAGUGCGCCUGUGCCGGUCGCGCCUGCGCACGGCGCCCCGCGCCCCUCCGGUUCCGCUCUCCGUCCGCGGGCUGAAUGGGCUUCGGGUUCUGCACCGCCGGGGAGUGGCGGGCGGUUGCUUCUCUGUCUCCGCGAGCGCCGGCGACUCGCCCUCCCUCGGCCAGAAACCCUCCGCCGGGGCCGGCGCAGGAGGAGCGGCGCCUCUGAGGGCUGCGGCCACCCCGCCGGCCUCGUGUCUUUCCCUGGCGGCGGCGGCUUCUUCCGUGGGACAAUAUGUUCAAGAGAAUGGCCGAAUUUGGGCCUGACUCCGGCGGGAGAGUGAAGGAUAUGUCAGCAUAUGUGAAGAAAAUUCAAUUUAAGUUACAUGAAAGCUAUGGCAAUCCUUUAAGAGUUGUUACUAAGCCUCCAUAUGAAAUUACUGAAACAGGAUGGGGUGAAUUCGAAAUAAUCAUCAAAAUAUUUUUUAUUGAUCCUAAUGAGAGACCUGUGAGUAAUGUUACAGAAAUGACAGCAUUUCACAAUGAUGAAGGUAACCAUUGCACAGAUGUGAUGUCUGUUUUUAUUUCACAGGUAACCCUGUAUCAUUUAUUAAAGCUGUUCCAAUCAGAUACCAAUGCAAUGCUGGGGAAAAAGACAGUGGUUUCAGAGUUCUAUGAUGAAAUGAUAUUUCAAGACCCAACAGCAAUGAUGCAACAAUUAUUAACAACAUCUCGUCAGCUAACAUUAGGAGCCUACAAGCAUGAAACAGAAUUUGCAGAACUUGAAGUGAAAACCAGAGAAAAAUUAGAAGCUGCGAAGAAAAAAACAAGUUUUGAAAUUGCAGAACUUAAGGAGAGAUUAAAAGCAAGUCGUGAAACUAUAAAUUGUUUAAAAAAUGAAAUCAGGAAACUCGAAGAAGAUGAUCAAACAAAAGAGAUGUAAACAGUUCUGAAGAGAACUUGGUAGGAAACUAAACUGAAAAUAAGGUGGACUUUGAAGGGGAAAUGGAUUGCAAAUGCUUCUUAGAGAGCUGCAUAGUUUGUUGACCAUCGGUUCCUCAGCAAUGGGGUCAAAGUGUUUGUACUUUUCAAGCAAUAUUUAAUGUGAAACAUAUGUAUAUAAUAGAUAUGAAUUCUGUAUAGGCAUUUUAACCCAUUUUAGGGUAAAUUCUAUGCUGUUAAGCACAAUUAAAAACUUUUUUUAUUACAUUGUAUAGCUUAUCCUUUAGACAGGCAUAAAAAUUCAUUAUAGCCCUAACCGGUUUGGCUCAGUGGAUAGAGCGUCGGCCUGCGGACUGAAAGGUCCCAGGUUCGAUUCCGGUCAAGGGCAUUUACGUUGGUUGCAGGCACAUCCCCAGUAGGAGGUGUGCAGGAGGCAGCUGAUCGAUGUUUCUCUCUCAUCGAUGUUUCUUACUCUCUAUCCCUCUCCCUUCUUCUCUGUAAAAAACCAAUAAAAUAUAUUUUUAAAAAAUCAUUAUAAAAUGUAAUUUAUACACAGUUUGUACUUCCCUGGUAGUUAGGAUUAGUGGUAAAAUUAAUGUGUAUAAUUAAUUUUUUAAGUUCUUAACUGCCUUCUUCCUGAUUACUUUUAGUAUUACAAGUUUAUUUAAGUCAUAAAAAGGAUUCUUGAGGCAGGAAUCACCAACUACUCUUGGAGUAGAAUUACUAUCGGGUACAAAACUAUUACUAACAUUUCCAACACAGUGUUUCUAGGCUGGCCUCGUAUGAGGAGUGCUGCGUGAAGGCUGUGCUGGUGCUUCUGCAGGAGAAGUUCGGUGCUGACCUCUGCUGCCCUCUCGUUAGUCUCGUGUAGUUCAUUUGCCAAUGACUUUCUACAUCCUGUUUCUUCUUGGUAGAGUUGCCUAUAUUUUCCCCAUUUACAGUCUAAAGAAGUUUUCAUGUUGGAGAGUUCAGAUUCAACAUCUUUAAUUCUGAGUUCAAACUGGCUUCUUAUUGAAGCACUAUUAUUCUCUCUUAACUGCUCUAGAUUUUCUUGAGCAGUUUACAGACAUGCUUGUGUCUGUAAAAAUAGAUUGACUUGUUCUAAUUUUUCUGCUACAUCCUGUCUUGUUCUUUCUUAAAUCUUCUGUUUAUACUGUUUUACUUUACAGUAUUCUACCAUAUUAAUUUCCAUGUUUUCUGAGGUUUAUUGCUGCUUGUUUCCACUUCUCUUUUAUAUUCCUUAGUUUUUCACAUUUCUUUUGAAGUGUAUUUUUUUCAUCCAGAUGUAUAGAUUUUGAAGAUGCAGGUUGCACUUUUGCUAUAAGAUCAUCAUUCUGGUAAUCUCUUUUUCUAAGUCACCAUUUUUCUUCAUUUCUUGAUGCAAGCUAUAUUGCAGAGAUAGGUUUAACUCCAUAUAUUUCUUUAACUGUUCCUUUUCAUGCUGAGAACAGUCCCGCUUCCUCCGAGCUCCAGCGCUGGGCGGCGGCAUUGGGUGAACCAGGGACAUACAGGGAGGAACUGGACUGUCUGACAUCAGGGCAGGAAUUCAGGGGUGGCUUUCUCCCAGAUGGAGGUGCUCCUAGGGGUUAUUGUUCCUGUUCAUCCUGACUCUUUUGUAUUUGAUGUGCCAGUAUCCAGUAAGUACUCAAUAAAUGUAGUUUACUGACUGGUU